AUGGCUCCCGGUUUGAGGAGUGGGCGGACAGGUCACCCCAAAGUAUUGGGAGCCGGCGGCGCGGACCCCGGUGGGCACACGCCGCGAAAGACGGAUGCCGGAGGAGAGGGGAGGUGUUUGAGGACCAGGUGGCGAGCCGGAGCAGCGGGGAUGCUUGCAAACUGUCUGCUGUCUGUGGGGAUGCUUUUACUUCUUGUCCGGUGCGCUUUGGCCGCAGAGGAAAAAUCCACCUAUGAUGCCUCUGGCUUCUCGUCUUCACCAAGCGACUCCGCAGUCACAGCUGCUCCUGCUCAUUCAUUGGCUUCCUUGUCGAUGGUGGAGGAGGUGCCUUCCUCAGUCGUCCAUUCAGAUGGAGACUCGGAGUCUGAGGGGGAAGGUUUAUCCGGGCAGCCUGCCUUUUCGUCUGUCUUAACCGUCAUGGCAGGAACUGUCAAACAUCCAGUGAGCCUGGAUCAAAGCAGAACCUCGUCAACCAUCACCAGGGACGAGACCCAAACCACCCAAUGGCCUUCACAUAGUUCCAGCUCAAAGAUGUCCUCCUCAUCGUGGUCUGCGGGAGACAGGAUCCCCCCCGGCAGCUCAGAGGCGGGGACGGAUGAUUUAACUGCUGGAAUAUCCAGAGCAGUUGUGCCCACUUUCCCCAAAGAAAAAGCGGCCAGUCUAGCCCCCUCUCAAUCAGUCAGAAUUACCCUUUCUGCUGGGCCCACAGAGAGGACAUCUCAGGUAUCAUCUAUGCCCCAUCCACAGGACACCCCGACAGACUCUGUUCUGCUUACCACUAAAACUGUAGCUUCAGCCACCAAAACUACAAACCCCACCACUACAAUGCCUUCCCUAAGAGUCUCUACCGGAACCACAUUGUCUGCCACACCACAGCCCGCGCCUGUGACCAGGAAAACGACUACCACCACAACAGCAACCAGGACUCACACCAGCAGGAGAACAUUCACACCACCUGUCCCCAGAACGAGCCCUCCCUGGGGGGCCACCACCAUCUUUAUUUCCCCUUUUACCACCACCACAGAGGCUCCACCACAGCAGUGCAACAUCACAGAGAGAUUGUGGGUGAAAACAGUUGUUUCCAUCUAUGUGAGGAGAAACAGGCUGGACAGCAUCCAGAGGCAGAACCUGCGAAGGGGACUAAGUCAGGGCCUCCGAAAAGCACUGAAUGAUACAUCUGCUCAAGCACAGGUGGAGACAGUAUUUGGUUCUCCCAACAUGACAGUGGCUUAUCACGUGACUAGAGGGGACAUGGUUUACCCUCCCUCUGUAGUGCUGGAAGGCUUGGACUCCUAUGGUCGGGAUAAGCUGAUUUCAGACCUGCGACAGUACCUCCCCAUGGUAACAGCCCUGCCCCUCCCGGUUGCAUUAUGGAGAUCCAGCCCAUCCACUGGCUUCCAGCUGAAAACAGUGCUGCAGUUUGUGGGGGCAGGUGAUGAUCCUCGGUCCUGCCGGUUCUCCCAAAUGAUGGAGCAGAGGCUCGAGAAGGUGUUUUCUGAAGCGCAGGCCAAAGUGCUCAACACCAACAACAGACUCUCUGUCCAGAUGCUGAAUGUCUCCCAGGCAGCAGACUCUCCUGCUGUGUCUUUGGUCUACACUGUGAGGAAUGGGACUGCCUUCCUUAAUGGCACCACUGCCUCAAACCUCCUUGGUCAGCUGUCAGCUGAGCUGGUGGGCUACUUCCUGUUCUAUCCACCACUUAUGAUCGCUGAGCCACUGGAGUAUCACAAUCUGAACACCUCUAUUGCCACCAGAGACUUCUGGGUUAUUACAGUGAUCCAGGAUGUGGAUAACGCCAGCCUGGAGGGACACUACCAAAGCUUUGCCAGUCUAAUGGAGCAGCGGCUGGCAGAGCUGUUUGUGUUGGCAGGGCAGCAGGGCACUCGUUUCAGGCGAGCCACUGCUGUAGGCAGCUACACUGUCCAGAUGGUGAGUAUCCGUCGGGUGCCAGUGUUGAAGAAUCCAGCAGAGAUGACCUACUACGUCCAGCACAAUGGCGUUCCUUUAUCGGGCGCAUCAGCUGCCAAAGUCCUUAACACAGUGGAUUCUCAGACCGUGGCGCUCACCCUGGGCUACUUUGUCCAGCUGCAAGCAGAACCUGUGGUCAAGAACCCUCCUAAUAACCUUUGGAUAAUCGCUGCAGUGUUGGCCCCGAUCGCCGUAGUAACACUCAUUAUCAUCAUCAUCACAGCUGUGCUGUGCAGGAAGAAUAAAAAUGACUUUAAAGCUGAUGCCAUCGGCAACCUCAAUCCCCGAGCUAAGAUGGCGUAUCGCAGAGAUGUGGGCUAUUAUCACCAGCCAGUCCAGGGUUUUGACUAUGCCAAGCAGCACCUGGGCCAACAGGGAGGAGAUGAGGAGACCCUGCCGGCCAGUCAGGAUACCCUAGUGAUGUCUCUACAAAUUCGGGACACGCCACUUUCACUAGAAAAGGCCCUGCAGCAAGAUGGAACUGCCAACAAGAAAAGCCUCACGUCUGACAAACACAAGAGCAAUUUGCCGAGUGAGGACGGUUCCGUCAUCAGCAACGAAUCAGAGAAGCUGAAUUCCGGCAGGGGCUUGACGGUGCUGAAAGUCACAGCACAGCAGAAACUGACAAAGGAGGAGACGCGCAAGAGGGAUGAUCCAUAUGACACCUCCUCUGGCUCCCUGCAGCUCAUUUCCAUAAAGCCCAUGGCGGCUCAGCCCCACUACACACACCCUGCUUCCUCUGACCGCAGCCAAGACUCAGCCAUCGUCAAUGGAGAGGUCAACUUGGCUCUGAAGCAGAAGUCAGACAUCGAGCACUACAGAAACAAGCUGAGGCUGAAGGCUAAGAGAAAGGGCUAUUAUGACUUUCCCUCCACAGACGGCAGCAGCAGUGGUCGAGCCGUGGCGCAGAGACAGCGGCACGGCCAUGAGAGGGCAGCCGGUGAGCAUGGCAGACCACUGGAGCCUGAUGAUGAGCGAGGUUCCACUUAUGUCAAGUCUCACAGGAGGCACUCGCAGGUAGGGCAGACGGCCUAUCGCAGCAGACAGAGUCUGAGUAGUCCCAGUCCUGGUGGAACAGAGAUGGACCUACUUGUAAUGCGGGAGAGACCCAGGAGAGGCAUCCGCAACAGCGGCUAUGAUACUGAGCCUGAGUUGAUUGAGGAGACGAAUGUUGACCGUCUAAUGGGGCCGCGGGGAUACAUGUAUGGCCGGGGCUUGAAAGGCCACUCGGAGACAUCGACUCUGAGCUCUCAGCCGUCCAUUGAUGAAGUGCGACAGCAGAUGCACCUGCUGCUGGAGGAGGCAUUCAGCCUGGCUUCAGGGGGGCAGUCCACUUCCGGACGGCACUCCCAUCACCACCACCCUCCUCCUGACCACUACAGCUCUGCGCCGCCUCCCCUCCCCUACGCAGACGUGGUGACCAGUGCCCCGGGUACAAUGACCUGUGAACAGGGAGGCCUGCAGUGGGUACCUUCCUAUGGCUCAGAAAUGUAUCAAUGCAGCCUGCCCAAACCGGCCUUUCGCUUCACCCAGCUUCCUGAGAUGGCCAUGGGUUCUCCUCCCCCUUUACCGCCUCGCACAGGUCCUCCCCUUGGGACCUCCUUAAGACGUUCCGCUUCUGACUUGGGGCCUAAGGGAAGAAGUUUAGAGACAUCUGUCACUGAAAUUAAGAGUCAACAUGACAACAACCCAUAUGGGCCAACAACUAGAGCAGCGCUUCCAUCUAUCGCUGCAGAGCAGCCUGUGUCUAACUACUCAGGAAACCCAAUAACAGCCGUCUACGCCAUCCCAGCCACCAGGCCCGGCUACUCAGAAUACUUUGUCUCCACGCCAACCACCUCCUACCACAGUCCCUCCUGGAUGUCCUAUCCACCCGAGCCAGAGGAUGUGCCACCACAGUGGGCAGACUCUGUGCCCCUGCCUGGGUAUGUAGAGGCUUUUCCUCAUCCUCGCUACCCACAGGGGAGCCCCACCAGGCUGCCCCUGCAGUAUAACCAGGCACUGGAGCAGCCGCCUACUGCCCUGAGCACAGCAUCCCAGCAAAGCCUGCCCCAGAUGGUGAAGGACAUGGACAGCAUACCCCUGAGCAGCCUCUCCACCUCUGCACUUGUGCAGGCUAUCCGGCAGGAGGUGGCCAAGCUGGCGAAGAAGCAGAAUGACAUGUUUGAGUUCUAGUUUUAAUUCUGCCCCCUUGUUUGCAGGAUGGUUAACUGUGCAUUGAUCUUCUACAGAGGUACACAAAGGCGGCGCUCCUUCAGACUGAUUUUUGAUGUUUGUACUGUAAAAUGGACUUUACCCACUGAUUGAUUUCUUCUCACACACCAUUGGUGUUUUGCAGCUCCUGACUUAAAGGAAGAGAAAAGAUUAUGUUUUACUUUUAGAAAAAAAUGCCAUCCUCUAUUGAUGAUGUCCCAAGUAACUACAUGCAUUUCUUCUUUGUAGAUAUGUCAAUAGGAUACGCUAAAUAUGAAUUUUUUUUCCAGCAUUACAUUUUCCUUUGUGCGAAUCAGAAUCAAUUAAGAAGAGAGAAAAAAGAAGCAUUAUUGUCUGUACUGAGAGGACCAAAUACUUCCUAUCAGACGGUAUAAGUAUAAUCCACAGUGUAUAUGAGCAUGUACAGUAUUAGGACAUCAUGUAUCUUAUCUCCUUUUAUAGACAGGCUACAUCAAUAUCAGUUCAUUCAAGCAUCCAUACAUCAAACUACCACUUUUCACAAAAUUCCUCAGUUUGUUUUCACAUCACAUACCAACACCAUAACAGUAACAACAAACUACUGACUGUCCUUGGUUGUCUAAUGGUUUUUAGAGAUUUAAAGUAGUUCCUAUUAAUUAACAAACGGACUAAAUACAGUAUAUAUGUAUCUGCCUUUUUAUUUGAACCCACUCGAACAUGAAAUCUUAAGUCGCAUGUUUGAUCAUGGAACAUAUAGAUGUUCGCCUUUACUUAUUUGAAAUAGAGGGAGGAUGUAUAUCUAUUAGUGUGCACAAGGUACAAUUGACUUGGUUGACAUUGAGUGAAUACUUAAAAACUUGAACUUUGACUUAACUAUAUGUUUCCCUUUCUUUGAAGAAGAAAAAGAAAACAACAAAAAUACUUUGGCUGUCGAAAAACCCAAAUUAAAAAGUUAAGUUCAUUCACAUUUGCACAGAGUGGUAGUUUUAUAACCAGUGGUUUUAAGAUGCACAGAUGAUUCAAUGCACAUACAACCCUAAAACAUUUGUCACACAACACUUCUUUUUGCUGCUGGGAGUAGUGCCACUUCUUCUUGUAAAGUUAAACUAUAAAGAAGGUUUGUUGUUUACUGGCCUUUAAACAUUUCAAUGUUCUCAAUUGGUGCAUUUCAUGAAUAAAACACAAAUGUUCAUGUAAACUAUUGACCUAAUGAGAGGUCCUACAUCAGUACUCCUGUUCUAAGAAGUUUUAAGUGUACAAACCUUUGUGUAACAUUGUGAAUGUCUGCCUGAGUCAUCCGGUUUGUGAGGUGCGAGUGCAUAUAUGCUGAGGUAAACAUUUCAUUAUUGUACAUUUGUUUAAACUGCGUCUUCACAUUAGUCAUCCAUUUCAAUUAUGUUUGAAAUCAUCCACACAGGACAUGAGGACAUAAUAGAGUAACAAAACAAACUUCCACCUACCAGGUCACAAAAAAACAUAAAUAUCAAUGUGUAAAAAAAGUAAAGAAUUAGACCAGAAGGAAGAGGGUCAUACGAACCAUUGUGAUGACAUUGUUCAAUUACUAUAUUGAAGCUGCACUUAUCUUCAUCUGAAUCACUUAAUUGGCCUUCUUAAUCAGCUUUGUCACCCUAUGUCUGUUUUUGAAAUCAGACUAGGGCCACCAGUGCACAAAACAAAACUAUAAACUAUUCAAUAAAACUCCCAUGAAACAAGUCAUUAAAUCAUUUUAUCAUUGGAAUUCAUUCUUGGGAAAAGACUCAUACUCAUAUUUCACUGUGGCAUAAAAGCCUUCAAUAGGUUAUGAUGAACUCUUAAUGUGGAACCGCUGGCUUGUUGAAUGGAAAGGGAGACUGACUGCAGAUGAGUGCUUGUAGGCCUAUAGCAGGGCUGCUGCAAUAUGUUUGAAUUAACAUUCAGAUGCCUACUUUUCCCUAUAUUAUUGCAAAUCACAAGAAAUGCUUUGCUGAGCUGAUUAUUAUAAUAAAUGUUGUCACAAGAGAGAUGGCAGUUGUUACAUAAGAAAGACAAAUAUGAGUGAAAAUGCCUUUAAAUCAUUAUUUCCUUUGGUAGGACAGAGUUGCUGUUACAGCUGUCCUGGAUGACUUUAGCCUUUUUGCAUUAUGACUUUUCAACAACCCCCGACCCCCUAACAAGACAUGUUCUUUCAUACUCAUGCCUGUUGGUGUCUAAGUAGGUGAGGCAAUGCUGUAUGUCUUAAACCCAACAAGAACUUUGUUGUUGCUUGUUUUCCCAAUAUUCCUUUUACCCAUUAUUCAGAGGAGCACUUAAUGUCUUAAGAACUGUACUAAAUACAGUGAAACCAUUUUUUGUGUAAACCAGAAGUGAACACCUUUCCACAUUCUCAUGCUGGAUAACUGAGAAAACUUGGUGUGAUUAAAUAAAAGGUUUUUAUUUGAUUUAUUGGUUUAGAAAAAAAGAUGAGUAUUUAUUCUAUCAAAUGAAACAUGAAGUGAGCUAAACCUAUUAAAAUCAAAGUCUUUUUGUCUUCUUGACUGGUUUCUAAUUUCAUUCCUUCAUCUGCUUGAUUUAGUUAUAUUUGAUGUUCAUCGGAGAUUGAUUUGACAGAAAGAUUGUGAGACAGAUGGAGAAUUAAAGAAAUAUAAGCCUACAUGAUUAAAAUUAAAUAAAGAUUUUAUUAGAAUAAUUCAUCAUUAAUCUGUGUCUUUACACAAAUGUCCAUGUCUGUUGGUGAACUGUAAUGAAUAGAGGGGGAAUAAUUGAAUGAUCUAAUCGUUUAUUUAUAAUGAUGAUCAGUCGGUGCAUUGUUCUUCUCUGUGUGUUCAAAAUAAAUUGUCAAUACAUUCAUA